CAGAAGGAACCUCCAAAGAUCAUCACGACCAGAGGCCCCAGCAGCUUGGCAGCAUCUGGCCAGAGCAGCAAGGAGCAAGCACUGAACAAAGGAGUUGUCUGGCUCCAGGCUCCAGCUGGGGAGAGAGACAGAGAGACACAGGGAAAGACUGAGAGAGAGGGGCCCUGCCCUGCCACAGCGGUGCAGCGGCGGCUCCUCCAUGCUGAGCUGAAGCAGGUUUUGCAGAGGAAGGGUCAGAGGCGGGAGGCGCCAGGGGCCGCGACCCCAUUUCCGGGCACCAUGGCGGCUCUGAGCCGCAGCACCGAGGAGCUGAAGCGGGCUGAGCUGGUGGAGAUCAUCGUGGAGACCGAGGCCGAGGCCGGGGUCAGCGGCAUCAACGUGGCGGGUGGGGGCAAAGAGGGCAUCUUUAUCAAGGACCUGCUCAAGGAUUCGCCAGCGGCCAAGUCCCUCAGCCUGCAGGAAGGGGACCAGCUGCUGAGUGCCCGCGUUUUCUUUGAAAACUUCAAGUAUGAGGAUGCGCUGCGGUUGCUCCAGUGCGCCGAACCCUAUAAAGUGUCCUUCUGCCUCAAGAGGACCGUGCCCACCGGGGACCUGGCACUGCGCCCGGGCACCGUGGCCGGCUACGAGGUCAAGGGGCCCCGGGCCAAGGUGGCCAAGCUGAACAUCCAGAGCCUGUCUCCGGUCAAGAAGAAGAAGAAGAAGAAGGGGGCGGCGGUGGGCGCCGCCCCGGCCAAGGCCCCGGGGAGCCCCCCGGACCUCCCCCCGGUGGACGUGGAGUUCUCCUUCCCCAAGUUCUCUCGGCUCCGCCGGGCCAAGGCCGAAGCCCCCGCCGGGCCCGCUCCGGCCCCUUCCCUCCGCCGUCGCCUCCGCCUGCCCCGGCUCCGGGUGCGGGAGGCGGCGACCCCCGCUCAGGCCUCCCGCUUCGCCAAGCCCUUCGCUCGGGAGAGGAAGGCCAAGGCCGAGCCCGAGGCCGGUGCCCGCCUGGCACCUCCCCAGGUGGAGCUGGCCGUGCCUCGGCCCCCGGGGGUCCCGGAGGGCGGGCCGGGGCUGCCGGGGGCGCGGCUGGAGGUCGGGGCCCCCCAGGUCGACCUGGCUUUGAGCCUCCCCAAGGGGGCGGGGGGCGAGGUUCCCGGGGCGCCCCCCGAAGCCGCCAAGGGCUUCGCCCUCCGCCUGCCCUCCUUGGGUCCGACGGGCCCGGCGGAGGCGGCCCCCGAGCCCGGGGCGGGGGCACUCUCCGCCCGGGUGCCCCAGGUGGAGCUGCCCUCCCUGCCUUGCCUAGGGGAGGCCCCGCCGGUGGCCGGCGCGGUGGCGGGGCCCCCCGUGGGCCUGGCGGUGCCCGCUCUGGACGUGAGCGCGCCCACCGCCGCGGUGGACCUGGCCCUGCCCGGGGCCAGAGUGGAGGCCCCGGCGGAGGCGCCCGACGUGUCUCUGAGGAUGCCCCGGCUCAGUUUCCCCCGCUUCGGGGCCCGGGCGCGGGAGGGCGAGGGGCCCGGGGGCAGCCCCGAGGGCCGGGCCCGGGGCCUCAGGCUGAAGAUGCCCAGCUUCGGGCUCUCCCGGCCGGAGCCACGCCCUGCCGCCCCCGAGCCCGGCGCCGAGGGCAAGGCGAAGCUCCCGGCGGUCAAGGUGCCUAGCGUGGGCAUCGCGGUGCCCGCUGCCGCGGUCGAGCUGCCCAAGGGGCCGGACGUGCGGCUGCCGGAGGUGCAGCUGCCCAAGAUGCCCGACGUGAAGAUGCCCGACGUGAAACUGCCCAAGAUGCCCGACGUGAAGAUGCCGAAGAUGGCCGAGGUGCCGGACGUGCGGCUGCCCGAGGUGCAGCUGCCCAAGAUGCCCGACGUGAAGCUGCCCGAGGUGCCGGACGUGAAGCUGCCCGAGGUGCAGCUGCCCAAGAUGCCCGACGUGAAGCUGCCCGAGGUGCCGGACGUGCGGCUGCCCGAGGUGGAGCUGCCCAAGAUGCCCGACGUGAAGCUGCCCGAGGUGCCGGACCUGCGGCUGCCCGAGGUGCAGCUGCCCAAGAUGCCCGACGUGAAGCUGCCCGAGGUGCCGGACCUGCGGCUGCCCGAGGUGCAGCUGCCCAAGAUGCCCGACGUGAAGAUGCCUGACGUGAAGCUGCCCAAGAUGCCCGACGUGAAGCUGCCCGAGGUGCCGGACGUGCGGCUGCCCGAGGUGCAGCUGCCCAGGAUGCCGGAGGUGAAGCUGCCCGACGUGCACCUGCCCAAGGCCCCGGCGGCGAAGCCGCCCGAGGCGCCCCCGCCCAAGGAGGGGGCCGAGGGGUCGGCCUGGAGCUUCAAGCUGCCCAAGCUCGGGCGGGCGGGGUCGCCCCCGCGAGGGGAGGCCCGAGGGGUCCCGCCCCGCCGGGAGGGCGCGGAAGGGGGUCCCGAGGCGCGGCCCGGCCCGUCCGCCGGCGCCCUGCCCGGCGUGGAGCUGGAGCUGCCCUGCGGCCGCCCGGCGGAAGGGGCGGAGGGCGCGGAGGCCCGGGGCCGGGCGUCGGGGUGGGGCGAGGUCCUGGGCAGAGCCGGGCAGCUGGAGCUGGACGUCCCCACGCCCAAGCUGCAGGCCGAGGCGGGGCUCAAGCUGCCCGUCCUGGAGGUGCCCGCCGUGCCCCUGCCCUCGGUGGAGCUCCCGGCCCCGCCGCCGGCCAAGGCGCCGGCCAAGCAGUCGUCGGUGGAAAUCAAACUGAAGUCGCCCAAGUUCUCCCUGGCCAGGCUGGGGCUCUCGGGGGCCAAGGCCGGCAGAGGGGAGGGGGAGGCCGAGGGCCCGGGGUCGGGGCGCGGGGCCAAGCUGAAGAUGCCCAGGUUCGGCCUGUCCUUCCCCAAGGCUCGGCCGGCCCCGGAGCCGGGGGAGGCGCCGUCGCCGCCCGCCCUGGAGGUGUCGGCCCCCCGGGGCUCCCUGGACGUCCAGCUGCCCGAGGUCCCGCCGAAGGGGCAGCGGCCGGCCCCGGGGAAGCUCGGGGCCGGGGCCGAGGAGGCGGAGGCCGCCGGGGAGGAGGCCGACGGCCAGGCGCGGGGCCGGGACGGCCGGCUCAAGAUGCCCAAGUUUAAGAUGCCCUCGUUCGGGGUGGGGCGGGGGAGGCCCGGAGCCCAGCCCCGGCCGGCCACCGGGCUGCCCGCCCUGGAGAUCGCCGUGCCCGGCCUGGAGGGCGCGGGCGGAGGACGCGAGGCGGAGGAGCGGAGGGCCCCGGCCGGGCCCCGGGUGGAGCCGUCCGGGCUGGGGGCGGACACGCCCGGGGCCCGGCCGGCCGGAGCCGCCCUCCGGGUGCGGCUGCCCCAGGUCGACCUCUCGUUGCCCGGGGCCCGGGAGCCGGGGCCCGAGGGGCCGAGGGCGGGCGAGGCGGGCGAGGCGGGCGAGGCGGGCGCCCGGCCGGCCGGCGCGGCCCUGCCCCGCCUGGAGCUGGACGUGGGCCUGGGCCGCGACGGGCAGGCGAGGGGCGCGGGGGUCGGGGGCCCCGGCCGGGCGGGGGGCGACGGGGCCGAGGCCCAGGAGGGCGCCGCCCAGGGCGGGUUCCGCCUGAAGAUGCCCGCCUUCGGGACCGGCGGCCGGGCCGAGGGCACGGACGCCCAGCCCCCGUGCCCGGCGGAGCCCGGCUUCCACCUGGCCGUCCCGGCCGUGGGCUUCUCGGUGGGCGCGUCCGCGGGCGAGGAGGACGCGCGGCCCUUCUGGAUGCCGGAGGUGGAGCUCUGCCCCCCGACCUUGGGCAGCCACGCCGAGUACCGGCCGGCGGGCGAGGCGGCCCGGCGGGCCCGCGUCAGGCUGCCCCGCUUCGGCCUCUCCCUGGGCGAGGGGGGCGAGGGGGGCGAGGGCGGCGAGGGCGGCGAGGGCGGCGAGGCGGGCAGGGCCGGGGGGUCGGAGGGCGAGGGCCGGGGUCGCGCCCGGAGCCCCAAGCUGCGCCUCCCCCAGCUGAGCUGGGCCCAGGGCCAGGCCGGCGUCGACGGGACGGGCCCGGCGGGCGAGGAGGAGGCGGGCGAGGGCCCGGGGGGCCGGCGGGGCCGGGUGCGCCUCCCCCGGGUGGCCCUCUCGGCUCCCCCCCGCGGCCCGGCCCAGGCGGAGGGCGAGGGGGCCGGGGCCCCGACGGGCCCCCGGGCGCCCCGCUUCCGCUCGCCCUUCUCCGGCCGCCGGCGCCAGGGCCGGGCCGAGGACGGGGAGGGGGACGGGGGCUCCCCCAGAUUCCGCUUCCCCAAGGUGGCCCUCGGCCCCAGAGGUCGGGACGGGGAAGGGGCGGCGGGCGUCAAGGGGCGGCUGCCCCAGGUGGGCUUCUCGGAGGUGGCGGCGGGGGAGCCGGAUGGUCAGAAAGACCCGAGGAGGGGUCCAGGGUCCCUCUCGCCCCCAUCACGCGGUGUUGUCUACACCCGCUGCUCUCACGUCCUCGCCCACCUCUCUUCUUGA